UCUAUUCUUCGUCAUCAUAUUAACGAAUGUCUAAUUCAUUUUGGAAGGAAUUUUGAGGAGUGCCAGCUAGGAUGUGUCGAUCGAUUAUUUUAUUCGUUAUAAUAUUGAACAUCAGCCUGCCGAUACAAUCUUCGAAAUGGAUAAAACGCCUAUCAGCAGAGAACACAGUACUGUAUUGUAAUCCAGUCGUGUGUAACGUCGGGUACCAAGUGUCAUUUUGUAAACAAAACUACACAAACGACUACUGCCACAGAUGUCCAGUCGGUAGUGUACAAAGCAAAGCGGUCGACUCAGCAACAGUGAACCACCUGACGGAGAUCCUUAAGUGUGUAUCAACAGACCAAGAACCGUCUUGUCCACCGGAGACGGUAUUGGUUUUAAGUGAGAGGAAGAGACCGACGUGUGAGUGUGAUACAGCACGAGGAUAUGCUGGAGACAAUUUUUUGAUUUGUAUCAGUUGUCCGGAAUGUCCUCCUGGAACGGAAUUGAAAAAAGAUGGACAAUGCAGCCACUGCCCUCCCGGUACAUUCAAGACAUCACAAGGAUUUGGCCCAUGCAGACGUCUUACAAACUGUGGAGGGGAAAACAGAGAAACGCUUUUACAAGGAAAUACAACAGCAGAUGCUGUCUGUGGAAAUUUUCUGACAACAGCUACAACGGAAUCAGCAUCUUCGGUACCAGACAUGUCAACGCGUGAGUCACAACCUAUACUAGCUGCCCUGUCGAGUGACGGUUUGGAGGGGUUUUCUCUGACUGGGGAUGAAAACAAUCCAAUUUACUCGAGUCAUGAAAUGGAAAUGCAUGAUAUAUACAACAAUCAACAGAGAUUAAUGUUAGUAACCAUGGCAAUCCAAGUCAUCUUCUUUAUUGCCAUACUCGUCAUCAUAACCGUCGGCGUACUCAAAAUCAGGAAAAUGUCACGAGAUUUACCAACUCGGCGUGGCAAGGAUGUUGGCAAAGAUGAGGAAUGUUUACUAGUUGCUAGUCCUUCGGACAACGACACAGAAACGGCAAGGAUAAAGAGUGCAUAUGCAUUAGAUAAGUACGAAAGUGAACAGGAGUUUGUUUCUUUGUAUCAACCAGUAACCAUGGAAACCCUGUACCCCGACAUUAACAGCAGGCCUUGUACACCUACGGCACCACGACCGUCAAUAUUGGACUUCCGAAACAAUUGCUAAUCAUAGUAUCCCGUGUUCGUUUUUCAAGAUUUCCUUUUUCGAUAUACAUGUCCUCUCUAUCCUAAAAACCGCCGUCGCUAGGCUGAUACCUGUCCAUUGAAUAUUACAUAACCCUCAAUACUCGCGGGGUUACGCUCAUCUUCGCUUUCUGCAACCUUAAAAUAUUUCAUGACAAAAUUGAAGGCCAUCUUGUGGAUGAAACGAUCGAAAAGACUAAUUUGAUCCUUUGAUGUACAGCGAAAACAUAUUUCGGUCGAAUAACGGUAAAAUUAUCUGGCUUUGAAUUCGGAUGGUGCUCCUGUGUAAACUUCAAAGCACCACAUAGCAAUAAUUUAACAGAUAAUUUAUA